AUGAGUCAACGGCUCCCACGCACAUCUUUCCACCAGCUUUCAUACCGCCGCCUUACAAGGACGAUACCCUCCGGCCGAGCGACCUUUUCACAAGCCCAUGGCGCCGAAUUCUCCUUUGCAGAUAUCCCCACCGAGAAGACAACGCCACAGACCCUGACCGAGAAGAUUGUUCAGCGCCAUGCUGUCGGUCUCCCGGAGGGAAAGCUCGUUCGGAGCGGCGACUAUGUACAGAUCGAGCCCUACCGGUGCAUGUCCCACGACAACACAUGGCCUAUCGCGAAGAAGUUCAUGUCCAUGGGGGCCACCCGUGUCAAGGACCCGAGCCAGAUGGUUUUCGCACUCGAUCAUGACGUGCAGAACAAGACCGAGUCCAACCUGAAGAAAUAUGAGCAGAUUGAGACGUUUGCGAAGAAGCACGGCGUUGUUUUCUUCCCCGCCGGCUACUCGAUCGGUCACCAGGUCAUGGUUGAAGAGCUAUUUGUCUGGCCGGGUACCUUGUGUGUGGCGUCAGAUAGCCAUAGCAAUAUGUACGGUGGUAUCAGUGCUUUGGGAACCGCUUUGGUGAGGACAGAUGCCGCAUCAAUUUGGGCGACCAAGAAGAGCUGGUUCCAAAUUCCUCCCGUUGCGCAGGUAACUCUGACAGGGACAUUGCCUCCAGGAGUUACCGGCAAAGACGUUAUAGUUGCGCUCUGCGGGCUGUUCAACAGCGAUGUGCUCAACCAUGCGGUUGAGUUUACUGGCUCUGAGGAGACGAUGGCCAGUAUUUCGGUGGACAACAGACUCACAAUCAGCAACAUGUCAACUGAGUGGUCUGCGCUUUCUGCAAUGUUCCCGAUAGACCGAACUCUAGAGCGCUGGCUGCGAUACAAGGCUACAGAAGCAGCAAUGCAUGAAGACCGGACGACGAGGCAGCGAAUUACGCACGAAAAGAUUGACGAGCUCUACGCCAGCCCUGUCCAUGCCGACCCCGGAGCGCAUUACGCAAAGCAGCUAUACCUUAACCUCUCUACCCUGUCGCCUUACAUCUCAGGUCCGAACUCCGUCAAGAUUUCGACUCCUCUUGGCGAGCUCGCGCCAAAGAAAAUCAAGGUCAACAAGGCGUAUAUCGUGUCCUGCACCAACUCCAGAGCCUCUGAUCUUGCUGCAGCCGCAAAGGUCUUCCAGGAUGCUGCAAAGGCUAACGGCGGCAAGAUCCCUAAAGUCGCAGACGGUGUCAACCUGUACAUCGCAGCGGCUUCAGUUCGUGAGCAGGAGAUCGCCGAAGACCAAGGCAACUGGCAGACUUUGCUCGAAGCCGGGGCUAUCCCACUCCCAGCCUCGUGUGGGCCUUGUAUCGGACUGGGGACUGGCCUUUUGGAGCCCGGCGAGGUCGGAAUUUCCGCCUCGAACCGCAACUUCAAGGGGCGCAUGGGCUCGCGAGAUGCCCUCGCGUACCUUGCCAGUCCUGAAGUUGUAGCCGCCAGCGCUCUCAACGGCGUCAUCUCGGGCACAGGCGAAUAUGAGGUUCCAGAAAACUACUCCGGCGUGGAAUACGGAUACGGUACUGGUCGACCUGCGACAACGGAAAGCGAGCUUAGCAAUGCUCUGGAGCAGCUCGAGUCACUCAUCGACCGGGUUGAGUCCUCGGUUGGUGAUGACACUGCGAAGGCCACUACUCAGAUCCUCCCGGGCUUCCCAGAGAAAAUCACCGGCGAGAUCGUGUUCUGCGAUGCCGACAACCUCGACACUGACAACAUCUACCCCGGCAAGUACACAUACCAGGACGACAUCACCAAAGAGGGCAUGGCAGAAGUCUGCAUGUCGAACUAUGAUCCGGAUUUCGGGUCGGUCGCGAAGCCAAAUGAUAUCCUCGUCUCAGGAUUCAACUUUGGCUGCGGGUCCUCAAGAGAGCAAGCCGCGACGGCAAUCCUGGCCAAGAGCAUCCCGCUCGUCGUGGCGGGCAGCUUCGGAAACAUCUUCUCGCGGAACAGCAUCAACAACGCGCUCCUGGGCCUGGAGGUCCCGCGCCUCAUCGAGCGACUCCGCGCCACUUUCACCCGCUCGGACAAGACGCCCACCCGACGGACGGGUUGGACGCUGACGUGGGAUGUCGCCCAGAGCACCGUCGAGGUGCAGGAGGGCGAGAACGGUGACCGCUGGGAGGAGAAGGUCGGUGAGUUUGCGGCCAACUUGCAGGAUAUUGUUGCGAAGGGUGGCUUGACGGAGUGGACCAAGCACGAGAUCUCACAGUCCGAGUCAUAG